AUGGAUUUUGAGGCUUGUGUUAAACCAAAAUUUUGUGGUGGUGAUGAUGAUGGGAAUCUGCAUGUUAAAUGUCUCGCUUCUGAUAUGAAAGAACCUGUUUUUGGUGAUGGCUUUGAAUUUAAAGAUGGUGAUGAUGUUCUUUUGUCAACAAGGAUUUCCCAGAUUGCGUGUUUGGGAACAUGUAGUAACAAACGUGAUGUGUCUGUUAAAAGGCUGUUUGAUGAUAGCGAUUCCUUGCCUAUUAAAGUUAAGAAAUCAAAGGUGUCAACAUAUGUUGAUCACGGCAAAGAUGAAGAUGAUAUUCAUUUGCCGGUAAAAUCAACUAAUAAGUCAUUUUCCUUGCUGAAGAAAGACCUUGCAUUGUUAGAAAAAUUAUUUGAGGAAGGCAAAAGGAAGACGCGAGUAGAAGGGAAGAGAUUGCAGUCCAUAAAGAGAGAGAUUGAGGAGUGCUGCAAAGAGCUUGAAACUAAGAAAAAGAAAGUUAGGUUGUUUAGAAGAAUUAAAGAAGCUCACAACAAAAUGCAGGGAAAAAUUGAAGAAUGUAUCAAGGAUUUUGUAGUGAAGGAAGGACAGCUAUAUUUGAUGGAGGACUUGAUUGGAGAGCGCACGCAAGAGCUUAAGACGAAAGAGGUAGAACUUUGUCAAGUCAUUGAUAAAAUUGAUAAGGAAUGUGGAAGGAAGGAAGAGGAACUCAAGGCUCUUUCCGAAAAAAUUGCUAAAUGUACUUUGGAACUUAAGGCCAAAGAGAAAGAGCUUGAUGCAAUGGACAAAUUAAUUGGCGGACAAGCAGAAGAAUUUGAGUCCGAAAGGAAAAAGUUAGAGGCCAAAGAAAGGGAGUUUGAAUGUCAAAUGAUAGAGUUGGUAUCAAAACAGAAGCAUUUGGAAAGGCGAUUGGAGGAGCUUGAGUCAAAUGAGAAGCAUUUCGAAAUCCGAUUCAAGGAGCAUGAAUCAAAAGAAAGAGAGUUUGAAGGCCAAGUGAAGAAGAUGGAAUCUAUAAAGAAGCACUUUGAAAGACGAGUCAAUGAGUUAGAGUCAAAAGAGAACAUACAUGUAGAGCGGGUGAAGGAGUUUGAAUCCAAAAAGAAAGAAUUUGAGUUACCCUUGAAGGAGUUGGUAAAGAAACUGGAAUCAAAACAGAAGCAUUUCAACGGCCGAGUGAAGGUGUUUGAAUCUACAAAAAAGCAACUUGAAGGCAAAGUAAAAGAGAUGGAAUCUUUAAAGAAGCACUUUGAAAGACGAUUCAAUGAGUUAGAGUCAAAAGAGGACAUACUUGUAGGCCGGGUGAAGGAGUUUGAAUCCAAAAAGAAAGAAUUUGAAUUACCCCUGAAGGAGUUGGAAAAGAAACUGGAAUCAAAACAGAAGCAUUUCAACGACGGAAUGAAGGUGCUUGAGUCUAUAGAACAACUUGAAGGCAAAGUAAAGGAACUUGAAUCAAAAGAGAGAGAACUUGAAGACCAUGUGAAGGACAUUAAAUCAAAAGAGGAGGACCUUGAAGGUCGAGUGAAGGACAUUAAAUUAAAGGAGGAGGAACUUGAUGGUCGAGUUAAGGAGUUCGAAUCAAAUAAGAAGCAUUUUGAAAGUCUAUUUCAAAACUUCAAAUCAAAAGAGAAGCAAUUCGAAGGAUUGUGGAAAGAACUUGAAUUAAGAGAGAAUAAGUUCAAAGUAAAGGUUAAGGAGCUCAAUUUAAAAGAGAAGCAGUUUGGAGGACAAGUCAAUGAUCUUGAGUCAAAGAUGAAUAAAAUUGAUAGACAACUAAAGGAGCCUGAGUUGACAGAAAAACAAUAUGAAGUAUUAACAAAAUAUAUUGUUGACAAAAACGAUUCGGUUACAUCUUACAUUGAUUAUCAAUUAAGUGCUGCCAUUGAUGCAACAGGAUUGCAGUUGGACACAGGUGAGAAAACUGAUGGGGUUGAGUCCAUUUGCAGUGGUGUUUUAGUUAAUCUGCUAGAAUCAUCAGAUCCAGCGAAACUUGUUUUGGAUAUUAUACUGAACGCCACUAUUCCACUUUGUGAUAAGAAAGGACACAAUGCUGUGAUUAUUAAUGAUAGCCACAUCAAUCUGCUAGAACGACUGAUAAGAAUCUCACCAAAUAUUAAACCUUGUGUAAGAGAAGAAGCAUUGAAGCUAGCACUUGAUUUGAAAGCUAACAUGAAAGAAAAUACUGAAAAUUCUUUGGCAAUUCUUGGUUUUCUUCUGCUUUUGUCAAUUUAUGGAUUGGUUACUUCUUUUAUCGAAGAUGAAAUUUUGGAGCUUUUUGCAUUUGCUGCUCAUCACAAGAUAGCUGUGGAGCUAUUUAGGACCCUGGGCUUUGCAAAUAAAGUUUCUGAUUUUGUUGAAAAUCUUAUCAAGAAGAAGGAAUUUGUUGGAGCUGUUAGAUUCAGUUGUGAAUAUAACUUGGGUGACAAGAAUCAACUAGUUGAUCUCUUGCAAGAACACGUCCGGAAUGCGAAACAGAUAUGCGAGACCAGUUGCAACAUCAGCAACUCCAAUGAAAUCAAGGAUAAGGCGAGAGAUCGAGAAAUUGCUAGUCUGGGAAGUGUUCUACGGUGCAUUUCAGAUCACGGCCUAGAAAUUAAGGUUCUGUUUAAGAAGGAGAUUAAAUAUCGCAUUCUUGAGCUAAAAGGAUAUCAAGGCAUUUAG